AUGCCAGUUAUACCUCGGGUUGAUCGAUUGAAAACCUUGUAUGCCGCUGCGAAAGGACUCAAUUAUUCUUGGAGAUUAAAAGAUUUUCUAUCCGCUCCGCAGCACAACGGUGUCACUACUUAUAUUCCGCAGCUGCAUCGAGUGACAAUACGUUUUUGCAAACAGGCUAGCAAUAGUGCAGGAGUGCGUAAUUAUGUGGAACGAGAGCUAGUUAAAUUCGCGAGAGAGAAUCCGUCGGUUGUUGUUUAUGUCCUACCUGUGCGUAAUACAACACCUACUCUAAGAGCUGAGUAUGGUAAUGGGCGCAUGGUUCACGUGAACAUAUCGCACUGUUCGGAAGUGAAGAUGUCAAAAUGGAUGAAUUUGUUGAGGACACGAAGUGGUCAACCAAUUGUUGAAUUGGAAUCUUCACAAACUGCUGCACUUGAUAGCGUGCAGGGAAUGUGGAAUCCACUGUACAACCUCAGUAGCGAGCAAAAUUUGCCAGACUGGCCGAAGCAGAAGUUUUCAGCUUGUCGCUCUGCUGAAACGUCUGCCCAGGAGUAUAUUGCUUCACUUGCCGAAAGUUCUGAUGAAUGUAAAGAAAAAGUUGAAGCUGUAGAGUCAUUAAAAAGCGCUAGGUAA